AUGUCUCGAAUACCUGGUCUCCCCGGCGUCCCCAUCCCCCACCGCUCCGACAAAGAAAAAUGGUUCAAGCAGGCGGUCGCAAGGCUCUGUCAACUCGAAAAUGAGCGUUUCCCCGGCAGCCAGCCUGUCAGUUUCGCUGUGGAUGAUUUGCAGAAACUGGACACAAAGGACUACUGGGUCUGCGAGAAGUCGGACGGCGUCCGGGUGCUGCUGUUCAUCUACACAGACACCCAAACCAAUGACCAGAUGGUGUUCCUUAUCGACCGCCACAACACGUACCGCGAGUUAACUGGCUUUUAUUUCCCGCACUUCGAGGACCCAAGGAAGCCUCUCCGCAGUACCAUUGUCGAUGGUGAGCUCGUCGUUGAUGUCGACCCCCGCACGCGUCAAGAGACGCUUCGUUACCUCGCAUUCGACUGCCUGGCAGUUGACGACCAGAACGUGAUGGCAAGACCGCUGGACAAGCGCUAUGGUCGGUUGCAGAUGUGGUUUUACGAACCAUACAACAAGAUGCUGCGUGAUCAUCCCCAGGUAGCCAGAGAGCAUCCGUUCCAGAUCAAAGUGAAGCAAGUGAAGCUGUCAUAUCACGUUGACGACGUCUUCAAUAUCGACUUGCCUGCGUUGCAACAUGGCAAUGAUGGCCUUAUCUAUACGUGUGCCGAGACGCCUUACAUUCCUGGGACUGAUAAAAACAUCUUGAAGUGGAAGCCUCCUUCCGAGAACUCGAUCGACUUCAAGCUGGUUCUGCGGUUUCCACCCCCAUCCAGUCGGUCGCCCGAUCCGGACUACUUCGCGAAGCCUGUGUUUGAGUUGCACGUGUUCUGCGGCGACGAGCGAGGAUUGCCCAGAUACGAGUUUUACGACGUCAUGCACGUCGAAGAUGACGAGUGGGAAAGCAUGAAGAGGUCCGGCGAGCAGCUUGAUGAUCGCAUCGUGGAAGUACAUUGGGACCUAGCACAGGAGCACUGGCGAAUGAUGCGCUUCAGAGACGACAAGCCGGCCGGGAACUACAAGACAGUCGUCGAGAACAUCAUCAAGAGUAUCGCCGAUGGCGUCGAGAAGGAUCAGCUCCUCGCGCGUUCUGCGUCCGUCCGGAAUGCUUGGAAGGCGCGCCAUCCAGAACAGCAACCACGUUCAGGCGGUCCCCCACCUCCGCCCGUCAAGCCGCCACAAGCCAACUCACACCCGAUCCAGCCUCCGAACGGCCACGCACCUCCUCGAACACACGGCCCCGAGGCAGAGCCACGCUUCGGGGCCCUCGCCCAGUCGCCGUGGAGCAAAGUCACUGGCCCGGAAAUGAUCUCUGGGAUGUACAGGUGA